GGAGCGCCGGCCCAGUCCAGUCCAGCUCGCUCAGCCUUUCAGGAACGAAACACGAGUUCAGUCUCCUCGGUCUAAAUACGUGGUAUCAUCCCCAUGACUAUCGCCUGAACCAUCCGAUCACCAACAAAACCACAUACUCAAUCAACGAAAAGCGGCCGAGUCGCUCUAGAAUUGCCUUGUGUCAAUUCCUGAUGAUGUGAUGAGUGUGGCAGCGACCACCGCCCCUAGCUAUUCAAGCUCUUCGAACUCCUCCAGCUCCCGUAGCCUACGACUGAGUUAAUCCUCCGCCAUGGAUAACCUUGACGCGGUAAUAUCGCAACAGAACGACGAGCCUACGGCCCCGUCAUCGGGCAAUGAGAAUACAAAUCAAUUUCAACACGCCAUAUCUGCAUGGAGAAACAUUGACUUGUCCACCCUAAUUCAGACCCUCGACAACACUGCAUCCGAUAUCGUCGCAUACCAGCGUGAUUCUACCGUACAGCGAAAAGAUCUCGCCCAGAAAACUAAAGACUUUAGAAAGCUUGACGAUGCGACGAAGCUCACUGAGUAUAAGAGCCUUCUCAAGGCUUACCAAACGUUUAUCGAUCUACUUACCAACCAUUCCAAGGCCACGAACAGCGCCUUCUUGCAGGUCUAUUCAGCCUUAGAGAAUGCGCCAGACCCAUACCCACUGCUCGAAGCUUCUGUCGACUCCAUGCUUGUGUCUGAGGACACGCUUCCGAAACUAACGGAGGAGAAUCAGCAUCUACAGGAAAAUAUUGCAAGCUUGACUUCGCAGCUUGAGGAAACCGAGUCGCGAUUGCAAUCUGAAAGUGCGAACCGUAAGCAACUUGAGAAUAACCUUGACUCGAAAGUGAAGGAGGUAGAAUCAUCAUGGACAGCUGUGCUCGAGGAAAAGCAAGACAACUGGGAGGCAAAGGAAAAGGCUUUAGAGGAGAAGGUCGAGAGCCAGGAACGGCUGAUCAACGAAAUCAAGGCCAGUUAUGAGGUCACACAGCGAUUGAAAGGUUCCGAAGGUGUUGAUGCCGAAGGAAAUGGCGGACAUGUCACAAGCGCGGAACUCGAGAUGGUUCAUUCAGACCUAGAACGAACUAGUGCAAGACUCGCCGAAGUGGAAGCCCGUAAUGAACAGUUACGUCUAGAGCUCGCGCAGUCGAAAUCACAGGUACAAACUCAGGCGUCAUCUCCUGAAGAUGAUCCGUCGUAUAUGCGAAUGAGGUCUGAAAACUCUUCUCUCAUACGCAAGCUUGACCAAGCUAGAGUUGAGAAAGAAGCAUUCAAGAGGGACAUUGACUCGAGGUUACGUAGUCUAGAACGAGAGGUCGGCCUUUUGACAGAGGAGCGCGAUACCUUAAGAGCAAAAGUCCAGAAGUGGAGUGAUUACGACGACGUUAAGCAAGAACUAGAAGUGCUCAAGAGUAUUGAAUUCUCGACAGGGGAUGAUGAUGAUGUGUUAGCGAACACAGAUUCAAAUGGCUCGACCGCCAAGGCGAAGGGGGACACUUUGGAACAGCUACUCUUAGCGAGAAAUAAGAAGCUCGGCGAUGAGCUUACAAUUCUCCGAGUAUCACACCAUGACCUCCAAAACCGGCUUGAGGGCAUGCAAGAAGAGAUGUCGAGGACGAACGCCGAUCUGGAGAGGUCACAGAAUCUGAACACUCAGCUAGAAAAUGAUCUCGCAAAUCUCCAAUCAGAGGGUCAGAAUGCAUUCCCGUCUGGCGCAUCGGUGGCGGGCACCUACACUAGGUAUACUCCAUCGAUCGCGCCAGGAAGACGAGGCGGCAAAACCUCACCAACGUCAUCCAUAAUUUCCGGCUUCGAUCCUCGCACAGCAGGUGGUGAACCCUUGGGCGGGGGCUCUGGCAUUCUUCCCAUGAUCACAGCACAGCGUGAUCGCUUCAAGAAACGCAAUUCCCAACUUGAAACGGAGUUGUCUGAGAGCCACCGCACCGUCUCCCAGCUGAGACAAGAGAUCGCUGCACUACAGAAGGACAAUUUGCAACUUUAUGAAAAGACGCGAUACGUAUCUACGUACAACCGCGGCGGACCUUCGGCGUCGUCGUCAUCAGCAGCCUACUCGUCCAAUCCCAACCCAUCUACCGUGAGUAUAGGGGGCACAGGCAGCCCUGGCAUCGAGAUGGACCGGUACAGGAAGGCAUAUGAGUCCAACAUAUCACCCUUCGCCGCGUUUAGAGGGCGAGAGUCGGCCCGGGCAUACAAGCGAAUGAGCCUUCCAGAAAGGGUGGUAUACACAGUCACCCGGAUGGUGUUGGCGUCAAGGACAAGUAGGAAUUUAUUUGCGGCCUACUGCGUUGCGCUACAUCUGCUGGUCUUCUUCUCGCUAUAUUGGCUUGGCACGGCAGAUGCCGAGAAGUACACACAUAAUCUAGGCCCAGGUGUAGCCGCCGCCGCGGGCGCUGGAGGGCUGGGCAGCGGUAGGCUUGGGUCCAAUGGCCAGGCGAUUAGACAAGGAGACUGGCAACAAGAAGGGUUUAAUGGACAUUGAUGACAAUGUAACAUUAUGUUCCAAUAUUUCCAAGCCGAUGGAUGACGUUAUAUGUGUAUGUAUAUGUAUUUUUGUGAGGCUACAAGCUGGUUAUUUAGAAUGCGCAGCCUCUGAUUUAGUAUAUAGACUUAUGAUUGUGCCGGGAUCCGCGAGAGCGUUUUGAGGGAGGUAGUCCCCACGCUGGUUCAAGAUUAGAGAAGUUGUAAUUGUACCAUCUUGCACAGAAUAUCUUCAUCCAGCCGAUCCUCUCUUCCUGGCAUACCCGCUUCUAGUUCUGACUAGAGGCCACCCCAAGAAACCGUUGGACCGAAAACUGCAUCAACAGAAGACACGAGACAAGCACGCUGCUUACGCAUCUAGAUAACCACGCGCGCACUCGACUAUGAACAGGCAACCGUUAACAG